AAAGAAUUGGGUGAGUGAAUGACUGUGUCUAAACACAGUAGAGAUGCUCAGUGAGUCAUUCAGGAGAGAAGCCACACACACUCUAUAACUCCGCUCUUUUCAAACACAUUCCCUCCAUUUCUUCCAAAAUUCAAUCUUUGAGAAAACCCACAACUCAGAUUUACCAAACCAGCCUCACAAUCACAAUCCCCAUCACCAUCACCAUCUUUUUCUCUUUUUGGGUGUAAAUGAACUGAGGAAGUUUUUCUGGUUCAUGCAAAAUGCCAAUGGAUUCUUUGCUUCUGGGCUCCUUUACCACUCCUUCUAUACUAACAAAAGGUGGGAAUAAUUGGAGAAGGUGCAAUCUCAGGAACGUUGACUUUUCAGGUUCAUAUGGGGCAUACCGCGUGUCAAAGUUUAGAGGCUGGAAUGUUAAAGAAACACAUUGUUGUUCUGGAUUCCAACCCUGUUCCUUGAAGCAUUGCACGAAAAGUACUGAGACAUCUGUCUUUCACUAUAGAAAAAAUAACAGAUUCCUUGUUAAUGCUGCUGCUGAACAACCUCUUGAAUCGGAGCCAAAAAAUGUUUUGAACUCUGCUAAAGAUGCCUUAGAUGCUUUUUAUAGGUUUUCUCGACCGCAUACAGUCAUAGGCACGGCAUUGAGUAUAGUCUCUGUUUCCCUACUUGCAGUCGAGAAGCUUUCAGACUUUUCUCCAUUAUUUUUUGCUGGGAUGUUGGAGGCUGUCGUGGCUGCUCUCUUAAUGAACAUUUACAUUGUUGGUUUGAAUCAGCUGUAUGACAUUGACAUAGACAAGGUUAACAAGCCCUAUCUUCCGUUGGCCUCGGGAGAAUAUUCAGUUCAAACUGGUGUCAUGAUUGUUGCAUCCUUUGCUAUCCUGAGUUUCGGUCUUGGAUGGAUCGUUGGGUCAUGGCCAUUAUUUUGGGCCCUCUUCAUCAGUUUUAUAUUAGGAACUGCAUAUUCAAUCGACGUGCCCCUUUUGAGAUGGAAGAGAUUUGCUUUAGUUGCAGCAAUGUGCAUCCUUGCUGUUCGAGCAGUCAUUGUUCAACUAGCUUUCUUUCUUCAUAUGCAGACCCAUGUCUUCAAAAGACCAGCUUCCUUCUCAAGGCCUCUCAUCUUUGCAACUGCAUUUAUGAGCUUCUUCUCAGUUGUUAUAGCAUUAUUUAAGGAUAUACCUGAUAUUGAUGGAGACAGGAUAUUUGGUAUUCGAUCAUUUACAGUACGCUUGGGUCAAAAGCGGGUGUUUUGGAUAUGCAUUUCGCUACUUGAAAUCGCUUAUACAGUUGCACUUUUAGUGGGAGCAUCAUCCGGCUUCCUGUGGAGCAAAGUUGUUACGGUAUUGGGACACACAAUUUUGGCUUCAAUACUUUGGUCUAAUGCCAAGUCAGUUGAUUUGAGCAGCAAAGCUGCAAUAACAUCUUUCUAUAUGUUCAUAUGGAAGUUAUUUUAUGCCGAGUAUUUACUUAUACCGCUCGUGAGAUGAUCAUGGAGAUGAAAAUACAGCACAAGGUAUAGCUUUUUUCUUAGAAAGAGAUAGAAAAAUUGUUUCUUGGUGAUACAAAUUGGAUGAUCAAUAAAAUGAUGUAUGAAGAAACCUUGUUUUUUGAUAAGUCAUUUGGGAUUCUUACAUAUCAUACAUUCAAUAAAAAGAGAUCUAUGGUCUUUCAUUGUA